CCUCAAAGACAAGAAAACAUUUCUCACUUUCCUUGCGGAUCCUCAAAAACAAUGUCCAAACUUUUGAACCAUAAACAAAAUCCAAACAAAAAAACAUUCCUAGACAAAGAGACAACGCCAUACAUCAAUAUUUUUAACAUUAUCUUGGUUAUUAGAUUGUUAGGAGAGACCAAAACAACAACAAGAACAACAAGAACAGCAGUUCCUCUACUUCUCCUUAACCCAUGACUGCUGUUCUAUUUCUCUGCUUCCUUCUCAUCUGUUUUUCCUUCACCCCUUCUCUACAAAACGUUAGUGAAUCGGAACCGCUCGUGCGGUUCAAGCGCUCGGUGAAUAUAACUAAAGGAGACUUGAAUUCAUGGAGAACAGGAACCGAUCCUUGCAAUGGCAAAUGGUUUGGGAUCUAUUGCCAAAAGGGUCAAACAGUUUCGGGCAUUCACGUCACCCGGCUUGGUCUCUCCGGGACCAUCAACAUUGAGGAUUUAAAAGAUCUCCCAAAUCUAAGAACGAUCAGGCUUGACAACAAUCUUCUCUCAGGUCCUCUCCCUCCUUUUUUCAAGCUACCUGGCUUGAAAUCUCUUUUGCUCUCAAACAAUAGCUUUUCUGGUGAGAUUGCUGAUGAUUUCUUCAAAGAAACGCCACAACUCAAGCGGGUUUUUCUUGAUAACAACCGGUUAUCCGGAAAAAUCCCCGCUUCUUUGAUGCAACUCGCAGGUCUUGAGGAGCUUCACAUGCAAGGAAACCAGUUCACUGGUGAGAUACCUCCUCUUACAGAUGGCAACAAGGUUUUGAAAUCCCUUGACCUCUCCAACAAUGAUCUAGAGGGAGAGAUCCCAAUAACCAUUUCCGACAGGAAGAAUCUAGAGAUGAAAUUCGAAGGGAAUCAGAGGCUUUGCGGGUCACCUCUGAAUAUAGAAUGCGAUGAGAAACCUUCAUCUACAGGGUCAGGGAAUGAGAAGAAUAACACUGCAAAAGCUAUCUUUAUGGUCAUCUUGUUUCUAUUGAUAUUCUUGUUUGUGGUAGCUAUUAUUACAAGAUGGAAGAAGAAGAGGCAACCCGAGUUCCGGAUGCUCGGUAAAGACCACCUAAGCGACCAAGAGAGCGUGGAAGUUCGUGUACCGGACUCAAUAAAGAAGCCUAUCGACUCGAGCAAGAAGCGUAGUAACGCAGAAGGUUCCUCAAAGAAAGGUUCAUCGCAUAACGGAAAAGGUGCAGGAGGUGGUCCAGGAAGCGGAAUGGGAGACAUUAUAAUGGUAAACAGCGAGAAAGGCUCCUUUGGUUUACCUGAUCUCAUGAAGGCUGCAGCUGAGGUGCUAGGCAAUGGUAGCCUUGGAUCGGCCUACAAGGCGGUGAUGGCCAACGGAUUAUCCGUGGUUGUGAAAAGGAUUAGGGAUAUGAACAAACUUGCACGUGAAGCAUUCGAUACUGAGAUGCAACGGUUCGGAAAACUCCGACACCCUAACGUUCUUACCCCUUUAGCUUAUCACUAUCGUCGAGAAGAGAAGCUUGUUGUCUCUGAAUACAUGCCUAAAAGCAGUCUACUCUACGUUUUGCACGGAGAUCGUGGGGUUUAUCAUUCGGAGCUAACUUGGGCAACAAGAUUGAAGAUCAUACAAGGAGUGGCACGAGGAAUGGACUUCUUGCAUGAGGAGUUUGCGUCCUACGAUCUUCCACAUGGAAAUCUCAAAUCUAGCAACGUUCUACUAAGUGAAACCUAUGAGCCAUUGAUUAGCGAUUACGCGUUCCUCCCGCUUCUUCAGCCUAACAACGCCUCACAAGCUUUAUUCGCGUUCAAAUCCCCCGAGUUUGUACAAAACCAGCAGGUUUCACCAAAAUCAGACGUCUAUUGCCUUGGAAUAAUCGUUCUCGAGGUCAUGACGGGGAAGUUCCCGUCUCAGUACCUAAAUACUGGUAAAGGAGGGACGGAUAUAGUCGAAUGGGUGCAAUCUUCAAUCGCACAACAUAAAGAAGAAGAGCUUAUAGAUCCCGAGAUUGCGAGUAAUACUGAUUCGAUAAAACAAAUGGUUGAAUUGUUGCGGAUCGGGGCUGCUUGUAUCGCAAGUAACCCUAACGAGAGACAAAACAUGAAGGAGAUUGUUAGAAGGAUAGAACGAGUAACACUUUGAGGAGAUUUGAAAAUGUAAACGCAUGGAAAACGUUAGAGAGAAAGAAGCUUUUGGAAUCUGUAGAUUAAAAACAAACAAAUGAGGAAAAUGGUACGUUGCGUAAAUAGGAAUGACACAUUCUUUUCCUCUGGCUAAUUAAACUGAAACAAACGAGAAGGUAUUGUUUGGUAACGAAAAAGUCCUUUUCUUUUUUGUGUUCAUUAGGAAGAGGUGAGGAGCAAACCAUUUUUUUGUUGUUGUUUCAUAGAUUUUUUUUGUUGAUAUUUUCCAUUUUUCUUUGUCAAAAGACGUUAUGUAAAAUCAUAUUAGUAGUUUUAUUUUCUUAAAGGAACUUCUGAUGUAUAUAAGUCCAUGUUUUUGUGUUAUAUAAGAUGGAUUUUUACGCAAAAGAACCAUGAAAACUCCAAUUUUGUUAUAAACAGAGAAAGAAAUAGAAGAAAUGAGUGUGUUAUUC